UUUAUAAAAGCAAAGCAGAAUAACUCGUUGUCGUUCAGUAUCCGAUCCGCGCUUUUAAGCAGCAAGCCAGCAGUAACCCGAAGAGGCCCAUAGAGCAGCGAAUUGCUUUAAAUUAGAUUUCAAAUCACCUCAAAAAACACAACAAACAAAGCAAAAUGGCUACUGAAGUGACCAGCACCAACCCCAUCUAUGGCCCCUUCUUCGGAGUUAUGGGCGCCGCCUCCGCCAUCAUCUUCUCGGCUCUGGGCGCUGCUUAUGGCACUGCUAAGUCUGGUACCGGUAUUGCUGCCAUGUCAGUGAUGCGUCCUGAACUGAUCAUGAAAUCCAUCAUUCCUGUGGUCAUGGCGGGUAUCAUUGCCAUUUACGGCCUGGUGGUGGCUGUGCUCAUUGCCGGCGCCCUGGAAGAGCCCGCAAAGUACUCACUAUACAGGGGCUUCAUUCACUUGGGAGCCGGUUUGGCGGUGGGCUUCUCUGGCCUGGCAGCCGGUUUUGCGAUCGGCAUAGUGGGAGACGCUGGUGUCCGUGGCACAGCACAGCAACCCAGACUGUUCGUCGGCAUGAUCCUGAUUCUCAUCUUCGCCGAAGUGUUGGGUCUCUACGGCUUGAUUGUGGCCAUUUACCUGUACACGAAAUAAAUCAAUCAAUGCAAACACACAACAACAAAUAGACAGACGGCGCCCAGCAAUCAACAGCAGCCACAACAACAUCAACAUCAAAAGCAGCAGCUUCAACAGAAGCAGGUAAAAUUGUGUCCAACCAGCGAGCAACACGCAAUAUUGCAACUUCCAACAUGCAACAUUGACCACAGCAGUGUGUGUGCGGGGCAACACAGGCGGGGCCGUUUGUACAUAGCAAGAAAAACCGAAACCAGUCCUUCCUGGCUGCAGGAUUUCCGUCAUGCACUGCCCUUUGCUGGCCGCCAAUUGCACCUGUUGCUCAGUUAACCUCGAUUUGCUGGCGCGUGGUUUAGCUUAGUUAUUUUCCGUUCAAAAUCAGUCUUAAACACGAGGAAAACAAUUUGCCGUUAAGUUCAUAAAGUUGUAAUAAUUAUGAUUUUUGCUAUAUCAAGAAA